UUAUAUAUUUACUAAAAAAAAACGUCAUUACAGAUACAUCUAACCACAUUUCAACCAAUAGAAAAAUAGAUUGGAAUACAAGUUCAAUAAAUUUUGCAUUGAAAUUAUAAAACAAAAUUUAUUUUGAAAGGAAAUAUUUUCUCUACAAAGACAAAUAAAGUGAAACGGAGAGAAUAUAUUUUAAGGAACAGAGGUAGCAUGCAUGUCUUAUGAUCUAUUUAUAUUCAUUUCACACACUAAUUCAACCUAAUUCCGAUAGUGUGACCAGGCUAUAUUGUAACGUGGGAAGUAUUAACGCUGGCACAGUUUCAUUUUUGAGUAUGGAUUUGUCCAAGGAUUCGUCGAAGGGGAGCUUAUCAAGACAGGAUCUCGGGGGAUCUUCCAUCUCAUCCCUCUCCAAAGGCAAACAGAUUUUCCAAGGUCAUAGAGAAGUGUUUACACACUUCAUUUCACUACCAUUAGCCACACACUCUAAGCUGCAGGAUGAGGUUAAGGGUUUUCAGGCUUCUGUAGUGAAUAUGGGUUUCCACGAAUCAUUGCUUGUUUCGCCAAGUAAAUUACAUUUGACUGUGGUUAUGCUAAACUUAAAGGACGUGAAAGAUUUGGAUAAAGCUAAGCGUGUCCUUAAGGAUAUUUCUAAAAAUGUGAAUGAUGCUUUGGAUAACCGACCUGUCGCCAUACGACUUAGAGGAUUGGAAUGUAUGGAGGAAUCUUUAGACAAAACCCGGGUGCUCUAUGCACCUGUUGAAGAAGUUGGGAAAGAAGGCCGUCUACUGAGGGCAUGUCGUAUCCUAAUUCUCUAAGAGCUUGUUUUUAUCACUCUUGUGCCUUGUUUCUAAGAUGAACUGAUAUCUCACAACGAAUUUGGGGUUUCUCGAACGUCUACUACCCUUCCCAUGGUUCACUAACUUUUCCAGCAUAAGAAAAUGAUCAAUAGCCACGUUUAAUCAAACGUCGCAGACUCUGGUUGCCCUACGCUAGGCGACCUCCAAACGAACAAGACCAUCUAUGUCAAAACAGUGAUCAGUGGUAAUGUCAACAUAUGUAAUAUUUGUGUGGGAGUGUGAGUGUGAGUGUGUGUGUGUGAUUGCAGCAGCAUAUGUAAUAUAUGUGUGAUUUAAACAUCAUAAUAUGGCUUGCUAUAUCAAAAAUAAACAAAAGAACUUCAUAUCUUA